GGCGGGCCUGGCCGGCGGGUGGUGGCGCGAGCCGACGCGUGGACAGACCUACGGAGGACAGCCGCCGCCGCGGGCCCCGCCAGCCGCGCACGGACCCUCUCGCCGGGGCAUGCGUCGGGGUCGCGGGCGCCCGGCACCUGGGCCGCUCGCCGAGCCGCCGUGCGUCGCGCGCACCCCGGGAAGCCCAGCCCAGCCUCCGUCCGAAACGCUGCAGCGUGCCUGGCGGGGAGGGGGCUGCAGGCCCCGGAUCCGGAGACAUGGAGCGCUUAGGGGAGAAAGCCAGUCGUCUGCUAGAAAAGUUGAGACUCUCGGACUCGGGCAGCGCCAAGUUCGGCCGCAGGAAGGGCGAAGCGAGCCGCUCCGGCUCUGAUGGGACCCCCGGGACGAGCAAGGGACGCCUGAGUGGGUUGGGGGGACCUAGGAAAUCCGGACACCGAGGAGCUAACGGGGGGCCCGGGGAUGAGCCUCUGGAGCCGGCCAGGGAGCAGGGGCCCUUGGACGCCGAGCGGAACGCACGCGGCUCCUUCGAAGCGCAGCGCUUCGAAGGGUCCUUCCCCGGGGGGCCGCCGCCCGCCCGAGCCCUGCCCCCACCUCCGACGUUGCCCCCCGAUUUUCGCCUGGAGACCACGGCUCCGGCCCUCAGUCCUCGCUCCAGCUUCGCCAGCAGCUCGGCCAGCGACGCGAGCAAGCCGUCCAGCCCCCGGGGCAGCUUGCUGCUGGACGGGGCGGGGGCCGGCGGUGCCGGAGGGAGCCGGCCGUGCAGCAACCGAACCAGCGGCAUCAGCAUGGGCUACGACCAGCGCCACGGGAGCCCGCUCCCCGCGGGGCCGUGCCUGUUCGGCCUACCCCUGACCACCGCCCCCGCGGGCUACUCCGGAGGGGUUCCGUCCGCCUACCCGGAGCUCCACGCCGCCCUCGACCGACUGUGCGCCCAUCGGCCCGUGGGCUUCGGCUGCCAGGAGAGCCGUCACUCGUACCCCCCGGCCCUGGGCAGCCCCGGAGCUCUAGCCGGGGCCGUGGUGGGGACUGCAGGACCUUUGGAGAGACGGGGGGCGCAACCUGGGCGACACUCGGUUACCGGCUACGGGGACUGCGCCGCGGGGUCCCGUUACCAGGACGAGCUAACAGCGUUGCUGCGCUUGACGGUGGCCACCGGUGGGCGAGAAGCUGGUGCCCGCGGAGAGCCCUCGGGGAUUGAACCGUCGGGUCUGGAGGAGUCUCCCGUGCCCUUCGUCCCUGAGGCCUCCCGAGCCCGGAUACGGGAGCCGGAGAGCAGAGAAGAUUACUUUGGCACCUGCAUCAAGUGUAACAAAGGCAUCUAUGGGCAGAGCAAUGCCUGCCAGGCCCUGGACAGCCUCUACCAUACCCAGUGCUUUGUCUGCUGCUCCUGUGGACGGACUUUGCGGUGCAAGGCCUUCUACAGCGUCAACGGCUCUGUCUACUGUGAGGAAGAUUAUCUGUUUUCAGGGUUUCAGGAGGCAGCUGAGAAGUGCUGUGUCUGUGGCCACUUGAUUCUAGAGAAGAUCCUCCAGGCCAUGGGGAAGUCCUAUCACCCCGGCUGCUUCCGGUGCAUCGUCUGUAACAAGUGCCUGGAUGGCGUCCCCUUCACAGUGGACUUCUCCAACCAGGUGUACUGUGUCACUGACUACCACAAAAAUUAUGCCCCGAAAUGUGCAGCCUGCGGACAGCCCAUCCUCCCUUCAGAGGGCUGUGAGGACAUCGUGAGGGUGAUCUCCAUGGACCGUGAUUAUCACUUUGAGUGCUACCACUGUGAGGACUGCCGCAUGCAGCUGAGCGACGAGGAAGGCUGCUGCUGUUUCCCUCUGGACGGACAUCUGCUCUGCCACGGCUGCCACAUGCAGCGACUCAGUGCCCGGCAGCCCCCUGCCAGCUAUAUCUGAUCUGUGGUCCCUGCUGCCACCGUCACCGCCGUGGAGAAACUGUCUGGCCAGCCGAGGCCCACAAGGAACGCGCUCUGCAAUCCUUGCGAGGAGUUCUCUGGGGAGGCCCCAAAGGCCGGAGACCCAAAGAUCCUAACAUUCCAAAUGGGCUGUGGAGGAGGAACCUUCUGCUUGCCGGGAUGGCUGACUAGCCUCGUGUGCAGCCAGUGCGCAGCGUGUGCUGCAUAUAACACACACACACGGGCGCGUUUCCGUACUUUCUAAACAGAUUCUGGUGUGUUUUUCCCGUGUAUGUUUCUGUGUAAGUCAGAGGACGUUCGGUGCUGGAUCACACGAGGGCAUCAACAGAAACGGCCCCCAGUCUGUUGCAACCUCCAUACACGUGGGGUCAGCCAGGCCUUUCCCACAGUAUCCCAUCCUUGUCUGCUUGAAGGGCUGGAAGCCCUGGACUUCGCGAUGAGUCAUUUCUUGGCUGUCUCCCUAAGGACUAGAGCACGCCCCAUCUGUCCGCUGGGACCAGAACCAGCUCUGGGGGGCCCUGCUUCCUGUGUUGCCUGUUUCUCAGGGACCUGGGGAGGCUGAAUGGGGCCUGCCCUCAGUUGCUGUUGUGCUCAGCUGGGGAGCGUCAUGAGCAGGUCUCUGGGUGUGAAACUUGCCCGGUGGGAGGGAUGUCGGGAAGCUUUCGGCUGGCCCCACUCCCCUGGUUUAAGUGCACUGAGCCCUCUAGCCGGCAUACGUGGAUACAUUGUACCCGUGCGUGCCUUGCUCCCGCUGUUCCUUCUUUUUUUUCUCAGGUGACUUUGACACUUAGUUCCCUAGCAGUAGCUUAUCAUGAGACCCACUUAAAAGGGAUCCCGCCUCGGAUCUUGCUGCAGCCCCACAACUCAAGGCUUUGGGGAAGUCGGAGAGAACAGAACAGUUUGACUUGGUUCUAGCCCGCUUGACUGAAACUUGAAUUCACUUAAAGCCAGUUCACUUGCUGGCUGAAAGUUCAAUUCGUUUGAUGACCAGGUUGCCAAGAGCCCCAUCCCCCUUUGAGUGUUUUUAUAGCUGCCUAAAUGUUCUUUUUGUUACACUGAGCAUUCAGUGAUUUCUGCCUGUUCAUCAAGAAUACUAAAAAAUUAUUAGCAACCUACAUUUAUCAACUUUGUGGCACUUUGUAAGUGACAAGAUUUUCCCCUGACUGUGCAGGUGUCUUUUCCUAUGUCAUCUACUUCUCAGACACUUAAGAGAAAAAAAAAAGUUUAAAUUCUAGCAAUAAAUGCAAUUGG